AUGCUUCAGCUCAAGCGCAUCCGCCACCCCUCCGGAUCAGAGAUCGUCUUUGAUGCCAAGUGGCACCACUACAAGCUGGGCGGCACGGCGCUGCGCUCCGUCUCGAAGCUGCUUGACCGCUACUUUCCCUUCGACGAGAAGCGUGUGCUGGAGCUGGUCUCCAAGAAGACGGGGCAGCCAGUGGACAAGAUCAAGCAGGGCUGGUCGCGGCAGGCCCUCCUCGGCAAGAAUGUGCACGAGUUCAUCGAGUGCAAGCUGCUCAAGAAGCCACCGCCGCCUUUCACGCUGCUGAUGAAGCACAAGCAGGCCCGGGAGGCGGCGCGGCCGGCAGACGCGACAGGACCCGCGGCAAUCACAACGACGCCUCUUGAGGACGAGGUGCUGCACGGAGAGGAGGCUCUCUACCUGCCAGUGGCUGAGAUGGCCGUAGAGAAGGUGCUGAACGCCUACGAUGUGCUCGGCGCGGAGCAGGUGAUUGCAGCGUCCGACUGGGGCAUUGCUGGCACGAUCGACUUCAUGGCCCGAAACCGCCGCACAAACCGCGUGCUUAUUGGGGACUGGAAGACAACAGGCGGCACCACGAGUAACUUCCGCUUUGGCUCUUUCGAAACCCCAUGCCCAGGCGCGCUGCGACACCUGCCGAACAACAAGACGCACCGAUACUCGAUGCAGGUGAUCAUCUACGGGGAGAUCCUCGCCCAGGAGCAGUACUUUGAAAAGCAGUUCUUCGACGCUCAGCUGCGAGCGUCGCUAACGGCCUCACCAGCCGACCCCAGGACGGAGGUGACGCCGCCAGCGUCUCCGGCGAAGACCAGAGGGCAGCCGAGCAGCCAGGCUGCGGUGCUCGCGACGCCCGACAGCGAAAGCGAUGUCGAGAGUCUGCUGACGACGUUCUACCGCAACAACACCGAGCAGCGCUUUGAAUACGGCAUCGUGCAGCUCUCCAAAGGUGAGGACGGCGGGGUGGUGGCGGACUUCAAGGAGGUAACGCCGGCGUCGGUGCUGCCGCCAGACUGCCCUGAGAUGACCUUCGAGAGUUUGCUGCGGCGCGUAAUGGAAGGGGAUGGGGUUUAA